CCCCCGACCCACGCCAGUCUUUGUUUUGUUGUUGUAUUGUGAAAGAGUAACAGAAGCUCGAGACCGAAACUGAAACUGAAACCCCAAAAGCCGUCAACAGAGAGCAUUCUGUACUCCUACCUGACAUCAUUAUCAUCCUCGUCGUCGUCUCCAUCGUCUCCAUCGUCGUUGCUGUCUGUCUCUCUGUUCUCUCUGCUUUGUCGCCGACUCGCCGUCGUCGUCGUCGUGGUCGUCCGUUGUCGUCUUUAUUUGCGGUUAAAAUAUUUGCGGGCUUCAUCUACAGCAGCGCCGCAUUCGGAAUUGGAUUCGGAAUCUCGUGGCUCGAAUUCGGAUUUGGAUUUUGUGGAUUCGAGAGAUCGCUACAUCCUUGCAGGAGCUGCAGGACGACACCCUGGACACCAGAUUCGCCUGAGGCUACGCGGGCGUAUAAUGCGAUCGCUGCCAUGCUGCUGAGACACCGCCUGGACAACGGCUAAGGGCUUAAAGGAGGAGACUUCAAGGAGCGAAAGAAGCCGCCUACCAACAGGCGACGAACGACGCACGACAAACAAGGAUGCCGAGCCUUGGCCUGACCACGCUGCUCUCUCUGUGGCUGGUCCUGGCGGCAGUGGCAGAUCCCCACGGAUCCCUAGUUGAAGAAGCAACCACAAGGAUCAGUACCACUUCCCGUCCCACUCUCUUUGGCCUCCACACGGACGAGCUGAUGGCGGGGGAGGGAGAACUGGUGGUGCCACGUCGCGUGCACCCCGACGGCGCCUUCAUGACACACUCGCUGGAGUAUGCUCACGAUCGGGAUCACCGCCUGCAACGACAGCGACGCAGCCUGCCGGAUCAGGGGCAGGAGGAAGCAGAGCUGCAUCUGCAGCUGCCCCUGCGGAACGGGACGCUGCACCUGGAACUCACGCCCCACAGCUAUUUCCUGGCCCCCCAUCUGGUGGUGGAGCGACACCGUCGGGACCUGCGCACCCGCUCGCCCCUCUCCGAGAAGCAUCUGAGCUGCCACUUUCACGGGAAGGUGCGGGGCCAGCCAGCGACCAAUGUGGCCAUAUCCACCUGCUCGGGGCUGGUGGGGCACAUCCGGACGGCCAGCAAUGAGUACUUCAUUGAGCCGUCCAAGCAGCACGAGCCGCAUCCGGAGCACGGCCAUCCGCACGUGAUGUUCCAGCGAUCCUCCGUGAAGGCGAAGCCACAGCCUGGCAGAAAGCGCAGCAAUCGCAAAAGAGCAGGAGCAGGAGCAGCGGGUGGGGGAGGAGCUGCGGCAGGCUCAGGCAUUAGCAAUUGCGGCACUCGUGAGCCCAGACGCCGCAUGGAGACACGCUUGGAGUGGCAGGCCAGGGGCAAGGUGAAGAUCCAGGGCGGACGUCAGAUACGUCGCCAUCAUCAUCAUCACGGUCGCGGUCACGGUCACGGUCACGGUCAUGGUCAGGGGCAUCGGGGGCAGCAGCUGCAUCGCCGGCAGCAUCGUCGCCAUCGCCACCACCAGCAGUCGCACACGAAAUUCAAGUACGAGACGCACACCCAGGAACGGGAACAGGGACAGGGGCACAAGCAGAAACGCUCCAUAAGCAGCCCCAGGCAUGUGGAGACGCUGAUUGUGGCCGAUGCCACAAUGACGGCCUUCCACAAGGACCUCAACGGCUAUCUGCUGACAAUCAUGAACAUGGUAUCGGCCCUGUACAAGGACCCCAGCAUCGGCAACUCCAUUGAGAUUGUGGUGGUGCGCAUCAUACGGCUGGACGAGGAGGAGUCCCAGGAGCAGCUGAAUCUCACACAGAAUGCCCAGAAGAAUCUCGAUCGCUUUUGCAGCUGGCAGCACAAGCUGAACAAAGGCAGCGAAAAGGAUCCGCACCAUCACGAUGUGGCCAUUCUGAUCACGCGGAAGAAUAUUUGCGCCAACAACUGCAUGACCCUUGGCCUGGCCAACGUUGGGGUGUGCAAGCCCAAGCAGUCGUGCAGCGUCAACGAGGACAAUGGCAUCAUGCUGGCCCACACGAUCACCCACGAACUGGGCCACAACUUUGGCAUGUUCCAUGACACGGCCAAGAUCGGCUGCCAUCCGCGGGUGGGGCCCAUUGUGCACAUCAUGACGCCCACCUUCGGAGCGGACACGCUGCAGGUUUGCUGGUCGAACUGCAGCCGCAAGUACAUAACGCAUUUCCUCGACCAGGGCCUGGGCGAGUGCCUCGACGAUCCGCCAACGCCGCUGGACGAGUACAACUAUACGGGCGAGCUGCCCGGGGCGCGAUACAAUGCACGCGGCCAGUGCCGGAUGCAGUUCAACCUGACCACCGACAGCGAGGUGGGCGCCUGCUCCGCCCCGCACGAGUUCUGCUCGACGCUGUGGUGUCGCGUGAACGGCGAGUGCGUGACCAAUAUGCGGCCCACGGCGCCUGGCACUGGCUGCGGCCGGAACAAGUGGUGCCAGAACGGCAAGUGCGUGCGCCGCGAGGAGCUGGCGGCCCUCAACGGGGGCUGGGGCAACUGGAGCGAGUGGAGCGAGUGUUCGCGCAGCUGCGGCGGUGGCGUUUCCACGCAGCAGCGCGAAUGCGACUCCCCCGUGCCGGCCAACGGCGGCGUCUUCUGCAUUGGGGAGCGCAAGCGGUACAAGAUCUGCCGCAAGCGGCUCUGCCCGGAGCAGGAGCCGAGCUUCCGGGCCCAGCAGUGCGCCCGCUACGACAAUGUGAGCUACCAGGGCGCGACCUACAAGUGGCUGCCCUUCUUCGACAAGAACAACCCCUGUCGAUUGUUCUGCAGCGAUGUGGACGACACGAUAAUCGCCAACUGGGGCGAGACGGUGCUGGACGGAACGCCCUGCACGCUGGGUACCAACAACAUGUGCAUCGACGGCAUCUGCAAGAAAGUUGGUUGCGAUUGGAUCGUUGACUCGGACAUGCAGGACGAUCGUUGCGGUGUCUGCGGCGGUGCUGGCGAUCAGUGCAAACCGGUGAGGGACACCUACGUGGAGCCCUUCAGCGCCAAGGAUGGCGCCUACGUGGAGAUUGUCAGCAUACCGUCACGCGCCCGCCACAUCCUCAUCAGGGAGCAGGCCAAUUCGCCGCACUUCCUCGCCAUCGGCCGGUCCCAGAGCCCAGACAAGUUCUACCUGAACGGCGACAGCCUGAUCUCCAUGCCCGGUGAAUUCGAGAUCGCCGGCGCCGAGAGCCUCUACGAUCGCAUUGACGAGCAGGAGACCAUCAAAAUACCUCAGCCCAUACAGCAUUCCAUAUCGGUAUACGCGAUCGUUCGCGGCAACGAGAGCAAUGCUGGCAUUUACUACGAGUUCACGCUGCCCCCGUUCAAUGUCAGCGCUGGACGACAGUAUCUGUGGCGCCUGAGCAACUGGACCCUGUGCUCGGCCAGCUGCGGUGGCGGUGUCCAGCAUCGGGAGCCAAUUUGCCAGGAGAAUGGCAAGGUGCUUGUCGACAAGUUGCCGUGCUGGACGCAUGCGAAGAACAAGCGGCCGCUCCGCCAGACGCGCUCCUGUUCGGAGCAGCAGUGUCCGGCCCACUGGUGGCCGGGUCCCUGGCAGUUCUGUCCGCUGACCUGCCGCCAGCCGGGCAGUCCAAUGCCGCAGCGUCGUCGCUCGGUUGUGUGCCUGGAUCAGCACGAUGUGGUCGUGGCCGACAAUCAGUGCGGCCUCCUCACCCGGCCCCCGGAAACGGAGCCCUGCGAGGCAUCACUGCCCGAGUGCCGCCCCAGUGCCGGGGAGUGACGAGCCACGGAUCGAUGAAUGGAUAUUUAUUGCUAUCUAAUAGACCUAGACCGAAACGGGAACAUCACGCGUAAAAAUACAACAUAUUUAUUUAGCGAGUAAGCAUUUCGAUGGUCGGUAGGAAUCGACUAAUGUGUGUCCCCCCGCCCUCCCUUCGAUGGACUCUUUCGAUCAACGAUACGAAUAUCGAUGGAUUGCGUUCCUGGGUAUCGCGGGCAUCGGACAUAUUGCAGAUGUACUUAACUUAUGAUACGCACACACAAACAAACAAAAAAAAAAGAAAUAAAAUAUAUAAUUUAGGAGUAAUUCUUAGUCAA